AUUUUACCUUCAUAGAUGGAUAAAUUAUCAAAAACAUCCUCAGACUUCAUGUUUAUGAACAGGAAGCAAGUGAAUUCUUCCUUACUUAGCCAAGCCUUACCAAAGGUGCCUCAGAAGAGAAGAGGGAGGAAUCCUACUUUAGAUCCUUACUCAAAUACUUCUUUAAAAAUCACCUCUAAAUCAGAGCCAAGAUAUAGCUCCUCAAAGGAGGAUUCAAGUGUUGCUUGUAAGGCUCUUUGCAAAGGUCAACUUUGAAACCAUCAUAUCCAAAACCCCUUAUACAACUAAUGACUCUACAAUGCUUCAUAUAAAGACCUUAUCCUACUGUUUCAGGGACAAACAUUUGAAACAGCCGAAAAUAAAUGUUUUUACUGAUACAAAAGCUGACUUUUGGCAAAGAGAUAUCAUUCCUAGCAGGGCAAGCCAAUUAGGAGGUAAAAAUGGCCUACAUGGAAGGCAUAUAGCUGGUACUCAUGGAUAUUAUCAAGCUCUUUCUACCAUAGAGUUAUGUUCACAAGACAAGAAGCCUCUGAAACAGGAAUGGACAGAGCACGACUGAUAUAACUUCAGAGUCUCUAAGAAGAAGCGGAUCAAAACCACUGGAGGAAGCAUGCUUCUUGAAAAUAGGAAGAUCAGUGGCAAAUAAUAGCAGGAAGAGGAUUAUUUUCGAUAAGACAUUUUCAUCUAACAAUGACCCCGUUGAGAUAAACUCUGAUACUGGAACAGAUUAUAACCGCUCAGAGACAGAGUAUAAAAGACCGGAGUCUAACAUCUCUCACAGAAGCAUCUUUGAGUUUGGCCGUAUUAAUUCAAGUGAUACUGAAGACCAUUCUAAUAAUUAUCUUAAAAUAGCUAAGGUAGAUGAAUCAUCUGAGAUAUCAGCAUUGAGGCCUAAGCUGACACCUAGUUGUCUCCAGAAUAACUCAGAAGCUUUACAGAUUACAGAGAAUUGCCCUCAGAAAGACACUAUUAUGCCAUCUGUGAAUCCUUCAAAGGUAAACAAAAUUAACCCUAAAAUGGAACCUCAAAAGAAGCCAAAGCCUGAUGAACCCCUUACUCGGAGUUGGCAACCAAGAGGUGGCAGCUAUGAGUGUGUCAAGACUCAAAAUAUGCUAAAGAGCCUGUUCAAGCCGAAAUAAAAAGAAAAUAAGCAGCAAGAUGGUUAAAGGAAUGAUGAAAAAGACUGAUUUUAAAAAGUCUAAGUCAAUCAAAGAUAUCAGGCUUCGAAAGAAGAGUAUUUUAAAAAAUGGUCUUUUGAAGUCUGCCACAAAGCAAGCUAAGGUAAACCCAAAGGUGACUAAUAAGGUUAUACCGAAAUAUCUUCGCAUAUUUCGACUUAAAGAGCAGAAUAAAAAUGAUGAAAAGAAGGAUUCUGGUUGACAGACAAACUUUAGAAGUAUUCUUAACCGAAAGCAUGUCUCUCGGAAACUUGAUACUUUCUCUCCACAAGAGUACAUAAAUAAAGCUUAUAUUGAUUUCCAAGACCGGUUUAAUAAGACUCUUGAUAUUCCUGACUAUGCAGACCCUUCUAAGAAAUGAAUAAUUGUGAAUAUAACUAACCCUGACGACAUUGACCAACCAGAAUUAGCAAAGAGAGGCACUGAAACUGACUUCGGCUCACCUGCUAAGAAACAAGAUGUGAAAGACCAGCUUUUUGAUAAGAACUGCUUUAAGUUCAACUCGAUCUUUAUAAAAGACCUUGAUGAGAACCCAUAAUUUUUGCUAUUCAAUGAUUUUGA